AUCUCUAAUAAACAUACUACACUUUUAUCCAACUCCUCAGAAAUGAGCAGCACAUGUGAAUAAAUAAAAUCAGCUGUCUUUAUUUGCGUAUUUUAUUGCUGGAUAAAACAUAUCUAUGGUUUUUACAACCAUGAGCUCAAAACAUACGCUCACCGUAAAGGAAAAGUUGAGAUUAAUUGAGUCUUUUAAAACCGGCUGCAGUCGAAAGGACCUAGCUGAUAAGUAUAAAGUUAAUAUAUCAACAGUCUCAAGAAUUUUAAAAAAUCAAGGAAAGUUUGAAGCUUCAAGGACUGGCCAGGAGAAUAUCAUGCGGAAACGCUUUAAACCAGGGCAUUAUGACAUGGUAAACAAGGCCGUUACAACAUGGUUUAAAGACUUGAGAUCAAAGAAUGCAGUCAUUACAGGGCCAAUGAUAUGUGAAAGAGCUAAUCAGUUUGCUAUUUCAAUGAAAAUUGAUAAUUUUGAAGCAAACGAUGGUUGGUUGCAGCGCUGGAAAAAAAAUCAAAACAUUACUUUUCGAAAAAUUUGCGGGGAAAAGGCUGCUGCUGACUAUGGGGCUGCUGGAGUUUGGACAAAAUCAACCCUACCAAAUUUAAUCAAAAACUUAUCUCCUGAUCAAGUGUACAAUGCCGAUGAGGCAGGACUAUUUUAUAAGGCACUACCUACAGGGACAUAUGCAUCAAAAGGCGAGUCAGUGUUUGGUGGAAAAAUUUCCAAACUGCGAUUGACUCUCCUAUUUUUAUGUAAUUCGGACGGGUCUGAUAAGCAUGUGUAUGUGAUUGGAAAAGCAAAUAAUCCACAUUGCUGCAGGGGAAAAACGAUGCCAAUCAAAUAUUAUGGACAACCUAAUGCGUGGAUGACGACUUCCAUAUGGAUUGAAAUUUUAAACAACUUCGACAAAAUCCUGAAAAAGAACAUUGUUCUUUUUGUUGAUAACGCAAGCUGUCAUAAGAUUCCCAAUGAGGUUAUUUUUAAACAUAUAAAAAUACAUUACUUGCCACCAAAUACAACAUCCCUCAUCCAACCUCUGGAUCAGGGCAUAAUUAAAACUUUAAAGUGCAAUACCGCUCAUGCCUAAUCCGUAAACAGUUAUUGGCUCUGGAGGGAGGUAUGUCAUCUGAAAAUUUUUCAAAAAGGAUAACUGUUCUGCAAGCACUUAAAAUGAUCAAAAGGGCUUGGUGGCUUGUAACGCCUACGGUGAUUAAAAACUGUUUUAAAAAAGCCGGGUUCAUAAAUCAUGAAGAAGAAACGAAUGUUCUAGAGGAUUGUGAAACCAUCGAUUUACCCCCAAUUCCGGAAAAAGAGUUUUCUUCUAUUAUAGACUGUGACGACAAUUUAGAAUGCUACGGUGAUCUUACUGAAAGCGAUAUUUUAAAGGAAAUUGGUUGGGUAAACGGAGAUAAAAUUCCUGAUCAUAUUGAUGAGCGUGUUGACGAUUCCGAUUGUGCCGUAGAUCCUCUUCCUAGUCGCACG